UCACAGUGAUGUCAGGACAGGGAGGGCUUACCACAGGAGAUAAGGCCAGCUAAUGGAGAUGAAAUGAAUCGGUAUUUAAAAGGUCUUUUUUAGUUAAGGCAGUUAGCUGGCAGCAGACUGCACUCCAACCAGUUGGCUGGUUAGUGGGAGGCCGUUUUAGUUGGAAGUGAAAGAGGGACAGAAGAGAGACCAGUCCUUUCAGCUCCCCAGAGGCUUUUUGGUUACAUUUUUGUUGUUGUUGUAUUUUUUUUUAACCUGAAUUAGGACAAGGCUCUGCUUACGGGUGUCAAAUUGAAGUAUUCACGUGGACGUCAAAGGCGUGUCAUGACCCCACGGGAGCAGCUGAGGAAGAUGACGGCACUGGGAGAGCAGGGGACCUUGGAUGAGAAGCACUGGUACCGACUGGUCAACGGCAUGUCGGCUGGAGAGCUCAGGCAGAGGCAGGAGCUGAUAAUGAGGAACCAGAUGGCCAUGGCUCCACAGAUCCUCGCGCAGGGGCAGCAGAGGUUACAGGGAGUCCACACACAGUUCGACCCUCGCUUCAUGGAGAGGGAGUUGGUUCCCCCCUCUGAGAUGGUAGCUGCUGAUGGCAGGCAGAUGCACAUGGGACCUCACCUUGGUCCACCUUUACCCCCUCACGCCAAUGUCAUGUCUGGAAGAGGCUUACCUGGCCCAGCUGGCUAUGGCUUCUUGCCCUCAGAGCCCAUGGAAACAGUUGCCCGUCGACAGGAGCUCAUUCACAAGCAAAAUAUAGCCAGGAUGGAGAUGAACGCCAUCCUGCACCAGAAGGAGCUGGAGAACGCUCACCAGAAAGGACUGAUGGGAAUUGAGAAUCCUUUGUCGUACCCUUCCAACCCCAUGGUGUUCAGAGGUCGCCAGCGCAUGCCGGACGGCCACGACGUCUUUGUCCACAGACCCACCCUGGACGAACUGCACUCCAACAGUAUACUCAUGUCCGCCAGCCCUUACCCGCCAAUCAGCACUCUGCACAGAGAGAGGGGACGCAGGGCCGGCAGGAGGCCAACCACCCACAAGAGCGCAGAGAGCCACGUGUCCAACCUGAAGGGCCAAACCGAAGAUAAAAGUGUAGAGCAGAGCCCAGGGGCCACAUCGGGGGAGGAGAAGGAGGAACCGAAGGGGGACAUUGGGGAGGAGUGUGUUCCCACUAAGGCGCACCAUCAAAACAAAAUAGACUCUGACCACGCCGCGGGAAGCAGGAAGAACUUCAAAGAGGGGGAGCCCGGCCUUCGUAAAGCCUGCGUGAACAGUCAAGAUGGAUGUUCAGAUGUGGCCAACAACGGUGGAAAUGAAAAAGACAUAUCCAGCCAGUGUUCAGCUUUCCAGGAGAAAUUCAUGUAUCCUUCCGCCGGUGGAGCCCUCGCAGGGAUGCCUUACAUGUUCCCAGUCCCUGGAAACGGUUUUCUUCCACCUGGUCCUCCAAAUCUCUUUCUGAACGGCGAGGAGGUGCCUGAGGACAUAAGGAAGUGGACGGUGAAUGAUGUUUACAACUUCGUCAACAGUAUACCCACGUGUGCAGAGUACGCUCAGACAUUCAAGGACCACAUGAUUGACGGAGAGACGCUGCCUCUCCUCUCAGAGGAGCAUCUACUGGACACUCUGGGGCUCAAGCUGGGGCCCGCCCUCAAGAUCCGCUCACAGGUGUCCAGACGUCUGGGCAGCAUGUUGUACAUGAUGAACUUACCGCUGUCUGCCGCCACCCUGCAGGCCACGCCGGAGAAGCCCGGGCACCGCUCGUCAGAGAUCGGCUCCCCCGUCAACUGCAACAGCGAGGAGAUGAUGGCGAGUCCCAGAGAUCCCGAUGUCCUCAAAUCCACCGAGCACCUCAAUGAAGCAGAGAACAAUUCGCCUCCGUCUGCCAGCAGCGAGACGGCCUGAACAUGUGGACUAAACUAACCAAACCCAGUCUGCACCUGCUGCACCUACUGCCGUUGAACUGCUGCUGCCACUCUAGUGGAUUUCUUUUUAUACUGCAUUGAAGAUACUUUUUUACUAUAACAUAGAUGUCUGCAAAACCUUUGCGUUUUACACAUAUGUACAUAUUUUUUUUAAUGACAGUGACAUGAAAAUGGUGUGAAUCUUGAAUCAUGAGAUGCUAAGAAAGUCCUACAUUUUUCUUAUUCCUCCUUCUUUUCAUUACAGACUUUAGUCUCUGUCUAACUAGCUCUCUGAAUUUUAUUUUAAGCUGCUAUGUGUCAUUUCUCCUGUAGGCUGGAAAAAAAGCAUCAAAGCACCAUCAAAAUCUUACUAGAAAUAUUUUAUAAAUAUGAAAUAUUUAUGUAUUUUGCAUUUGAACGUUUAAUACUUUUUUUGCAUCUGUUGGAUUGUAAAUAAAGUGUUUUUCUAUAUAGGA